CGAAGUCGGUCCCACGUGGAUCCGUCUCCAAACGUAGCUGGGUGUUACGUUGGGGAAGGUUUUUCGAGUGUGAAUUAAAUCGCAAUUUUACCACUACGACGUUCGACCGCUUCGUGGCCGCCGCCAAAAGAGGAGCUAUAAAACUUAAAGCGCCGAGUGGAAAAAAGGAAGAGAGUGUGAGUCAUCUACCAGUUCUCGGAGGUUGAAGGAAUCGAUCGUCUUCUCGUCGUUGCUUUGCUGCCCUCGAUCGUCGCAGGAAGCUGAGGAGUAGAAGCAAGAGCCGGUACCUGGUGAUUUAUGUCGGAUUUUGACAUCGUCUUGCAAAUCUGCUCUCCGAAGGAAGAACAAGGGUGGGCUGCCAGUUCUUGCUAUUCUUCCACAAUCUGCAUGAAAAAGAAGUUUGCUUUCCUGAGAUCCAAUGGCUUCAAACACUGUUGGGCUGGAUUUGGUUUCGGAGUGAAGUAUUUCGGAUUUCUUCAUAUAUUUCGCUGUUUCCCCCGCGCCCUCACCUGAAUCGAGAACGUUGGUCUUAGCACAAGUUUGCAGUGUUGAGAAUCUCAAUUUGGAAGUGCUCGCUGUUGAUCCGGAGAAAGAAUAAGCGAAUUUGGUGCUUUUCUUGUUGCCAGAAUGAGAACGAGGAGGAAAAUGAAGAAAUUUGAGAGUUUCGAUUCCUCCGGCUUGAAUCCAGUGGAAGAAUCGGAGGGGUCGGCUUCACUGGAUUCAAUUUCGUCGAAAAUGUUGAGCAGUUCGGAGAAGAUCGGCAAAUGGAUCAGGCAAGUUCGAGUCUCGUUCACUGACCCUGAUGCCACCGAUUCUUCCAGCGAAGAAGAGGAUGAUAACCAUGGUGAUGGCUUGAAGAAGAGAAAACGAGUUGCUUUCGUGAUCCCCGUCGACCCUGCAGCCGCUACUCGCGGGCCCGCAAAUCUCUCAAAAUCGAUGAAGAUCCCCACCUCCGGGAAGCAGAAGGGAGUACGGCAGCGGCGGUGGGGAAAAUGGGCGGCGGAGAUCAGAGACCCCAUCCGUGGCAUUCGUCUCUGGCUGGGCACCUUUCCGACCGCCAAUGAGGCGGCCGAGGCUUACCGUGCGGCUGCAAGGCGGAUUGAGAAGGAAAAAUCUCUUCUGCAACGCGAACGGCGCUUCUCCAAUGACGACGACGCAGUCGCCGGUUCCAUUUCAUCUUCCUCCUCAGCGACAACGGCGCAGGCGUUGGGGAUCCCCGUUCCAUCGUCCUCUGUCCUCGAAUCUUCCUGCUCGGCGAAAGAAAGUGCUUCGACUGGUGCCGCUGCUGUGCCGGCGGCGGAGGAGGAGUGGAUGGCAAGCAUUACAACGCCGGAAGUGGAAUUCGGGCUCGAUGAAGAGCCGUUCUUGGUCGGCGAGCUCGCCGAGGAUUUGAUCGGGCUUGCUGAUUUGCCGCUGUGGACGGAGAACUAUCUGGACUGCGGAGAUUUUUCAUUUCUAGAUCUUUAAAAUUAAUAUUUAGAAUGCAAUUUCUGUUUUCAUAUGAGAAAUCAUGUUUUUUUUCCUUGAUCAGAUUGUAAAAUACUAAUGUAAAUAUAUGGCUUCAGCAGUUCUUUUCUUAAUAAAUUCGGAAAAUAGAUGGCCGGACUCGAA